AUGGAGGGAGAGGUGGCGUCGCUGCGCUGGAAAGAGUGGCUUUCUUCGCUUCACACGCUCGCGUUAAAGUGGCGCGAGGUCCACCUAAACUCACUCCAGGACGAUGCACCGUACGAUCGCACGCUUGCCAACCAUGAGGGGCUAAAGGCGGGCCGCGAGAAGGUGCGCAGCAUGACGAAGACAUUUGCACAACUCGACAAUGACAAGAAGCUUAACGAGUUUAGCACCCUCCUCAAGGAGUACCAGGGUUACAUUGAUCGACUGACCUUGUACUUUAAGGAUGCGGAGCGCUCGUACGUGAUGCUCUUUAAUCAAGUGAAGGGCAUGACCGACCCGUAUCCACUCAUGGAGAAGUUAGCUGGGGAGAUGGAGAAGUUUGCGGUGAUCAUCAAGAGGGCCGAGAUGUGCGACGCGCUGGAGGAGGAGAUUCGUCUCCUGCAGGCGGAGCUGAAAGGCCUCAAGAACGAGGAAGCCACCAUUGGGCGGUUGCGCCGGCAACUCGACGAGGUGGAAAAGAACGCCAAGUUGCACGCAGAGCGAAGUGUAAGGGACGCGACGGCAGAGUAUCAGGCACUGCUCGCGCAGUCGCGGCAGCAAGGAUACGAGGCGCAGCAGGAGAUCCAGUCCCUCCGGGACGAGGUAUUCAAGAAGGACUUGUCGAUACAGAAUCUGCGUAAUCGCGUGGAGGAGUUGUGUACCUCUUUGGAGGGGGUAAAGGCACAACGUAGCCGCGAUGUGGCGGAUCUCGCGGUGGAGUUGGAGGCGGCGCACAACAAUCUCCUCCAGCGGGAGGCGGAAGUGCAGCGGCUUCUUGCGAAUGAAAGUCGUGACUGCUGGGUUCACGAGGAUGACACUUCGGAGGUUGGUUCUUCAGGUGCUGCUGCUGCUGCUGCUUCUCUACCGCCAGCGCCACCUCCUGUGGCUGUGUUGGAGUCACCACAGGUGAACGGUGGAUGCGUCGACCUCGCCACCAAUUCUAUUGAGAAUCACGACGAUGAGGUGCGCCACCGUCAGGCCAUGGAGGAGGCGGUGGCAGCGUGGGAGGAGCAGCGGCAGCGAUUUAUACAACGUGAAGAGGCACUGCAGAAUGAGCUGGCUGGACUGCGCAAGUCGCAUGAUGAGCACCUCGCAUCUAGCGACGCGCGGCUGCGUCAAAAGGAUGAGGAGCGACAUGGGGAGUCAGCAAAAGUGCAGGAACUGCAGCACCGACUACGAUCAUUGAAUGCCUUCGUGGACCAACUGAAGUCUGAGAAGGAGCGGCUCGCCCGAACAGUGCAAACACUUGAGGGGGAGCUGCACAGGAUUAGCAAAGCCGCUCCGAUUCACGAAAAUGUGGCGCCACAUGUGGAACGGGAGAAUCCGCUGCGAUGUGCAGCACAAGAGGGGGAUGAAUACGGCGUUGAGAAGCUGCUCUUGACUACUUCCGCAUGGAAGGGUGGGGCCAAGCCACUCAGCGAAAAGGAGAAGAUACCAUCAUUAUUAUUGUCACCACAACCAUCUCUGAGGGCGGAGAAGGAUCCUUUUCUCAUUGUGGAAGAUCAGCGCGAGAGGCUGCGUGAGGAAAUUCUCACCUUAAACGAAGCAUCAUCGGCGCAGAUCCAGCGCUUGAAAUUGGAGGUGGCGACUCUCACAAAGGAGAACAGCACCCUUCGCCAGCGGCUGGCGAGCUGCGCGGGUCGUGACAUCUGCCGUGGCGGUGGCGGUGGCGGUGGCGGUGGGUCGGUGCUUGGCAUUUCCAUGCUGGCAGAAGCAGCGAAGGAUGACGGUCUGCAAGCGAAGACGGCACCACGGCGGUUUGUUGAUACCACCGGCGGUGUGCUCUCGCGGCGCACGGCGUUGAAUGUGCUGAACUAUGGUGCCAGGGUCUGUUCCAUGCGCGUCUUUUCCGGGGCGCUGGGGGGGCGAUUGUUUGUGUUGUACAUGGGUGUGUUGCACAUAUACUUGAUUUGCUCUGUUCUUUUGUGA